AUGACGGACUUCUCGGCUUAUGACACCACAUAUCUGUGGAUUGUCAUCGUCGCUUUUGUGGUAGCUUUCGUCUUGGCGAUUGGUCUCGGUGCCAACGACUGUGCCAACUCGUUUGGGACUGCCGUGGGAUCCAAGGUGUUCACGAUCUUUCAGGCAUGCUUACUAGCCGCCAUAUUCGAAACGUUGGGUGCGAUACUUCUAGGAUCGCGGGUAUCCGACACCAUACGGAAAGGCUUGUUCGAUCCAUUGAUUUACACUGGUUAUGAACAGGUCCUUAUGAUUGGGAACCUGUGUGCAUUAGUCUCUGCUGCACUAUGGCUUCUUGUUGCUACGGUGGGAAAGAUACCGGUUUCUGCUUCGCAUAGCAUCGUGGGAGCGACGCUAGGUUUCCAUCUUGUCAUCUUUGGGGGCGAGGGGAUCGACUGGGCGGUUGUACUCAAAAUAGUGAUUUCGUGGUUUAUUUCUCCAGUCCUUUCUGGUAUCAUCUCCUGCAUCAUCUUUGGGAUUAUCAAAUACACCUUGCUAGAAACUAAGCAGCAACUGAAAUGGGGUCUGAUCUCCCUGCCCUUCUGGUACUUCAUUAUCAUCUUCAUCAAUUUUUUCGCUGUAUUUUUAGGCUCAGAUCGAGUAAUCAAUGUAGGUAUUUGGCUGGUUCCCGUUAUUGCUGGAGGUGCCGCUAUAUUCGUAGCCAUAGCAGUCUAUCUAUUCCUGGUCCCCUACACUCAAUCAAGGGCUGUUGCUAACCUGAAACUUGAGAAAGUGAAAGAAGCCGAAGAAGCGACUUGUAAAGAGACUAACGUCGAUGCUGCCGUAGAUGGGAGAGAUGGUGCCAAUGGGGUGGAUACUGGCAGCUCCAACCCGGCAUAUGAGCACGAAAGCAUCCCGGUCCCAAACGGCAACAUCAACAACAACAACAACACCGCAGUGGUCUCCAAAGGUCAAGAGGUCGACGAGGUCAAAAUUGAGGUCAAAGACGAAGGGGACUUUUUGGACAGACCAAAGAGAGAACGAAUCGGGAAGGAGUCCGCCAAGUGGCUUGUGGCUAAAGAUUCCGUAGUAGUGACAGUGAUUUGCGGACCGCUUCAGGGACUGUCCGCCUGCUUCGCGGCGUUUACACACGGCGGAAAUGAUGUCAGUAACGCCAUUGGUCCCCUAGUGAGUCUAUACUUAGUGUACAUCCAGGGUGAGAUAUCCAGCGAGGCAUCUACACCCAUCUGGAUCUUACUCUACGGUGGUGCAGGCAUCUCAGCCGGCCUCUUCCUACUAGGACGGAGGGUCAUAGAGACCGUUGGCUCGGACCUCACACCAAUGACGCCCUCAACGGGUCUCGCAAUCAAUAUCGGUGCUGCCAUAACGGUCCUAAUCGCCUCCAACCUCGGCAUCCCAAUCAGCACAACCCACUGCCUGGUCGGCUCCGUCUGCGCAGUAGGCUUCGUACGCUCCAGACAGGCAGUAGACUGGCGCCUCUUCAGCGGCAUCUUCAGUGCUUGGAUCUUCACCGUCCCGAUAACCGUACUCCUCAGUGCUGCACUAAUGGGCCUACUCCAGCACACCAUACCAGGGACGUGCACACUGGUGCCGCUGAACAGGACCGCAGACGUGACGUCAUCGAUGCAGUGGUAA